AUGGCCACUGAGUCCGGCGGCGAGGAUUCUUGGACCCAGGUCCGCGGUGCUAAACGCCCGAGUGCCGAGUCACCUCCAAGCAACACCACCACCUCGCCUUCCCAAACUCGUCGUUCUGCAAAACACACAAAACAUGGCAGCGCUCGCCACGACCGUAACCAUGUUUUCCCUGACCCCAUGACCACCCCGCUUCGCCCUCACGCCCGCCACUCUGCCUCUACCGCCCGUGCCUCGUCUCAUGUGCCCUCGACGUCCCCCGCUGCCGGUGCGACCGAGUCUUCGGCACGUGCCGUCGUGCCCGCGGCCGAGCCAGUGACCAGGACGUCAAACGGCGGUGGGGAGCAACAUCCCAGCCUCGGAAACACUUCCAAUGCUUCUCCCCGCACCCCUCGCACGCCAUCCAGCCCUCGCUCCUUUGCUCAAGUUGCUGCGGCAAUGCCUGCCGCCGCCACUGCCACAUCUUCGGCCCCUGUGACCGAGGAUUUGUCAGCAUCGGUGCCCUCUGAGCCAAAUGGCAGCGGGGAGCAGCAACCCUCGCCCGAGUCCGCGAGACAGACACAUCAUUCGAUUCCUAACACACCAUCGGAUUUUUUGACCAUGUCUUCGGACGAAAGCGACUCCCCUCCUCGCUCCACCGCACUCCGCGCGCCCACCCCUAUCGCCCCUCCCGCGCAUGAUGGUGACGGUGACACAAACGGCAGUGCCACGCCUGAGCCAUUGGUGCAAUCACCUACACCCGCUCAAAUGGUGCUGCCAGAUCCAUCGGAUACACAGCAAACCCAUUCCGAUCCCUCUCCGCCCUCGGCUUCACCCCCUGCCACUGCCAUUUUGCCCGCUGCCAUUUCACAUCCUGUCGAACACAGUGAGCAUACAAACUCAGCCCCACUUGGCGAAUGGCGGUGGUGGCGUUUUGACCGCAAAGCCUGGGUCAAUCAUGUACUACGCGAGCACCCCUACGACGAGCAAGCCACUGAUCUGGUCAAGCAGGUGAUGGAGGCCAAAUUGGUCGCCCAGUGCAACAAGUGUCACCUCUUCUUCGAAGCUACUGGUAUCAGUCAACACCGCUCCCGAUGUGGUGCCAAUCUGAAGCGAGCGACCGAGGCGUUGUUUCAUGCGGCUGGACACGACCUGCUUGAGAUUAUGCGUGGCGCUUGGCCCCAACAGUGUGUAGGGUCUCGCAUCAGUGUCUGCGAGCUGCUCAAGCUCGCCCGGCAUCCACUGAUGCAGCGCAGCCGCUACCCAUCCAACGCCACCGAGACCAAGCUGAUGGCUGCCACCUUGAGCCAGCUGUAUUGGUCUGCCGUCCAUUCAGACUAUACCGCUGAAGAGCGAGAGAUGUGCUGGGCUUUGAUUUUGGCCUUGCCUAGCAUGUUGUUGUCUGCUCCCUCGACCGCACUGUCUACGAUUGACCUGCGCAAUAUGUUUCACGAUCGUCUCCGUUGGCUUGUGACGGGGCAACUAGGUCGGGUCGUGGACGCCAUGCGCAAGGCAGUCGCACGCAAGCAGAGCCGUCGAGGACAGCUGAACGCCGGCGCGGGCGCCCACCCGAACGACGCAGUCGACCAGAGCCUCAGGUCGCUCGUCCGCGACCCGGACCUGGCGGACGAAGCCUGGGCAAACCACGUCACGAACCGUCUGAACCGAGGUCAGAUUGCCAAAGCAUUUGAUGCCGACAAGGCUCGUGCCGUGAUUGGUAAUUCUGAGGUUCAGGCCGUGCGCGACCUCUUGGUACCGCCCGGGCUGACCCCGUUCAUUGCUUCGACACCCGCCUCCACGUCUACACUGGCACCAGCCACGGCUGUGAGCUCCCCAACCGUGUCUUUCACCAAGGGUGAGCUCCCCAAGGCGUUGGCGGCCACCAAGGGUGUCACCGACCCCUAUGGUUGGUCUGGUGAGCUUCUUGCCUCCAUCUACCGCAUCAAGGAGCACUUCAGUCAAGUCUUGGGCCCACGCCAGGGUCCUACCAGCGAUUUGACUGCUCCUUCUGAUGGAGACGCGCCUCAGGGCCCCACCACCGCGACUGGAGGUCCUCAGGUUACCUUGAACAAGAUCUUUCACCACAUUGCCAACAACACCGUACCCGAGUCGAUUCGACAUGCCCUUUGCUCCAUCAACUACACUAUCCUGGAGAAAGCCAACGGCAAGUUUCGACCCGUGGGCACGGAUUCCAUCUUCAACAAGCUCGCCCGCUGCGCCGAGGCCCGUGGUGUGUACCAGCCGGGGCUGGAUGAGGCCUUUGUUCCUCGGUGGAAGGGUCGCUUUGCGGCGCUGGUCCAUCAGAUGAACGCUGACCACAUCCAGCGCCACUUUGGCGGUGCCUGCCUGCGCUCGUCCUCUGAGGUUCAAACACCUAAUUUAUUAUCUGCCCGCGAUGGCGAAGUGGCGUUUGGCCUGGCCUCCAAUCGCCCUCUACCCCGGCUCCCGAGAGAGCCCGUGCACGAAUCGCUCUCUCACGACUCUCGUUAUCGUCAUGGCUAUUUGAGCUCUCUCGCACAUGACGAUAGAGCCACCACGCCCAGGCGCUCUCCCAUGGAAGCAGUGGAUGCAUCCCAAUUUGGUGUUGCCUUUGGCACCAAUGCGCCACCACGGGCCGGCUCUCGGACUCAACCACCCCACCACGUUUGGCACCGAGCCUACCAAACCUCAACCAAGUGGGAGUCCUAUCGCGGUGACAGCAAGAAAGGUCUUGACUCCCUCAAAGAAAAUGUCAACUCGGCCCUUGUUCUUCUCCAAGCCGAGCCCUUGCUGCAUAUGGCCACCCUCGAUCUAGAGGGCUGCACCGCCGCUGGUAUCCAGGAUAUUUAUGGCGACAUUUCUUCCGACCUGGACUACCUCAUCUACGUCAACGACAUCAUGGUUGACUGGAUCUUACCGUGCUUGAGAG